CGCUGCUGCUCUUCCUCCUCCUCCUCCAAGCUGUGGCAAAACAACUGCGGAACAAGUUACCUCGUAUGAUCCGAGUGUUUGACUCACAGGGGAAAGCAACAAGGAGAACAUGCCUGCGGUCUCUAAAGGGGACGGGAUGCGUGGCCUGGCCGUGUUCAUCUCUGACAUCAGGAACUGUAAAAGUAAGGAGGCUGAGAUAAAGAGGAUAAACAAGGAACUGGCCAAUAUCCGUUCCAAAUUUAAAGGAGACAAGGCUCUAGAUGGCUACAGUAAGAAAAAGUACGUCUGCAAGUUGCUUUUCAUCUUUCUCCUGGGACAUGAUAUUGACUUCGGACACAUGGAGGCCGUCAACCUCCUCAGCUCCAACAAGUACACAGAGAAACAAAUUGGAUACCUGUUCAUCUCAGUGCUGGUGAAUUCUAACAGCGACCUCAUCAGCCUCAUCAACAAUGGCAUUAAGAAUGACCUGGCCAGCCGCAACCCAACCUUCAUGAACCUGGCUCUGCACUGCAUCGCUAAUGUGGGCAGCAGAGAGAUGGCGGAGGCCUUCGCUUCGGAAAUUCCCAGGAUCUUGGUGGCAGGGGACACCAUGGACAGUGUGAAGCAGAGUGCAGCACUGUGUCUGCUGCGACUCAAUAGGACGUCUCCUGACCUGGUGCCCAUGGGUGAAUGGACGGCUCGAGUGGUUCAUCUGCUAAAUGACCAGCACCUGGGAGUGGUUACAGCAGCCACCAGCCUUAUUACCACUCUGGCUCAGAAGAGUCCUGACGACUUCAAAACAUCCAUCUCACUUGCAGUUGCCAGGCUCAGCAGGAUUGUGACAUCCGCAUCCAUCGACCUACAGGACUAUACAUACUACUUCGUGGCUGCACCAUGGCUAUCUGUCAAAUUGCUGCGUCUUCUUCAGUGCUACCCUCCACCUGAGGAUGCAGCGCUGCGAAGUCGUCUCACUGAGUGUCUGGAGACCAUCCUCAAUAAAGCCCAGGAGCCACCCAAGUCCAAGAAGGUCCAGCACUCCAACGCAAAGAACGCUGUUCUGUUUGAAGCCAUCGCCCUCAUCAUCCACCAUGACAGUGAGCCCACGCUGUUGGUACGGGCCUGUAACCAGUUAGGUCAGUUCCUGCAGCACAGGGAGACCAACCUCCGUUACUUGGCCUUGGAGAGUAUGUGCACGCUGGCCAGCUCAGAGUUUUCUCAUGAGGCAGUAAAGACGCAUAUAGAAACUGUGAUCAAUGCUCUAAAGACUGAGCGGGACGUGAGUGUCCGUCAGCGGGCUGUGGAUCUGCUCUACGCCAUGUGUGACCGCAGCAAUGCCAAGCAGAUUGUGGCAGAGAUGCUGAGCUACCUGGAGACGGCCGACUACUCAAUCAGAGAGGAGAUAGUGCUUAAGGUGGCCAUCCUGGCAGAGAAGUAUGCUGUGGACUACACCUGGUAUGUGGAUACCAUCCUCAACCUCAUCCGCAUGGCCGGCGACCAUGUCAGUGAAGAAGUGUGGUAUCGGGUCAUUCAGAUUGUCAUAAACCAAGACGACGUCCAAGGCUAUGCUGCCAAGACUGUUUUUGAGGCACUACAGGCACCUGCCUGCCAUGAGAACCUGGUUAAGGUGGGGGGUUACAUCCUGGGAGAGUUUGGUAACCUAAUUGCUGGUGACUCACGUUCCAGCCCUCUGAUCCAGUUCAACCUUCUUCACUCCAAGUUUCAUCUCUGCUCUGUGCCAACUCGUGCACUGCUGCUGUCGGCUUACAUCAAGUUCAUUAACCUGUUCCCAGAAAUAAAGGCCACGAUCCAAGACGUCCUGCGGUCGGACAGCCAGCUCCGUAACGCUGACGUGGAACUUCAGCAGAGAGCCGUCGAGUACUUGAGGCUCAGCUGCAUUGCCAGCACUGACAUAUUGGCCACAGUCUUAGAAGAAAUGCCUCCUUUCCCAGAGAGAGAAUCAUCAAUCCUUACCAAGCUGAAGAGGAAGAAGGGCCCGGGCAAUCUGCCCGAUAUCGACGACGCCCGGCGGAAUGUCAAUGGCAACACUGAGCACAUCGAGAAAACUGAAGCCACUAACAAGUCAUCUCUUUCGCUGUUGGCAGACCUUCUACCUACCAACAGACCCCGCCCUGCCUCUUCCAGCCCCGUCAUUCUCUCUGCUGGGAUCAUGGAUUCCACUCACUCCUUCACAGACCUGCUGAAUCUUAACUCGACCCCUUCAGCAGGACCCAAUCUGCUGAUUGAUGUCUUCUCUGAAAGCUCUACCCUGGAGGCCACAGACGUGUGCGAGGAAAACUUUACCCGGUUUGUGUGUAAGAACAAUGGUGUGAUCUAUGAGAACCAGCUUUUGCAGAUUGGACUGAAGUCUGAGUACAGACAGAACCUGGGUCGCGUGCACAUGUUCUAUGGCAACAAGACAUCUACCCAGUUCCUCAGCUUCUCCUCAUCAGUGACCAGUUCUGAUGCACUCAAGACUCAGCUGAAUGUCCAGACUAAGACAGUAGAACCCGUAGUAGAAGGUGGGGCUCAGGCCCAGCAGAUCCUCAACAUUGAGUGCGUGUCAGAUUUCACGGACGCACUGAUACUCAACAUCCAGUUCAGGUACGGUGGAGCUCUUCAGAACAUUGCAGUGAAACUCCCUGUGAUGCUGAACAAGUUUUUCCAGCCCACCGAGAUGAUAUCCGAGGACUUCUUCCAACGCUGGAAACAGCUUGGAGCGCCUCAGCAAGAGGUUCAGAAAAUCUUCAAAGCCCAACACCCGAUGGACACAGACGUUAUCAAGGCCAAGAUCUUAGGUUUCGGCGUCGCUCUGUUGGAGCAGGUGGAUCCCAAUCCUGAAAAUUUUGUCGGAGCUGGAGUCAUUCACACUAAAAACACUCAGGUGGGCUGCCUGCUCAGACUGGAGCCCAACGCACCAGCCGAGAUGUACCGUCUGACCCUCCGGACCAGCAGGGAAUCAGUGUCUCAGAGACUGUGUGACCUCCUCUCUGAACAGUUUUAGACUCAACACAGCUCCAGCAUUUUUUACACCUUUACUCUCCUUUGAUUGGAACUGAUGUAUUGUACUGUGUACAUUCUCUUUUUUAUUCAAGUUAUUUUUCACACAUAUCCUUACUAAUGUGUCACUGGUUUCAACAUAGAUUAUGUGUGUGUGAUAUAUGUGUUUGCGCACACACUGUGAACACCUCUGAAUGAUCGUAUGUUCUGCAGCUCUGAAGUUUUAGGACAAGGUCACACGUACGCAGAUGCAGGCAAAUGACGGGUUGAGCUCCAUGUGAAGCAGCACUGGAGAUUUGCUUCACCACAGGAAGUGAAUGUUUCAUUCGCCCCCUUGCUCGCAAAGGUUGGAAGUGAACAGAAAGCAAAGGUUCGACAGUGAUAAAUUUACGUAUGUGUGUCCAGGCCCUUAGUGUGUUUUAGCAGCUUGGUAACUGCCUUUCCUAUUCAGACAUUUUGAAGAGUCGCUGAGGAGAUGUGAAUGAGACCGAGUCAGUUAAAAAUCUCAGUAGGAGAAGAAGAAGAAUUUACCAAUGAUCUCAACUAUGAACUCAGUUGUUUCAAACCAUUGUUACACAGGACUGAAAAGCUUUCCCUCGUCUCCUCACCCACUUGCACUUUUGUAAAAACACCAAAGUCAUCUCAAGAGGAAAAUCAAAGCUAUGUAUUUUUAGUUUCAUUGGCAAGAUUUUAGCUGCAUUCAGCACAAAUUUUACACAUAGAAUCCUGACACUCGGAUAAAAGAUAUGGAUAUAGAACAGCAGGUAGCAGAUGGAUAAUCAGCUUCUCACGGUGAAGAAGUCCUUUUGUUUCCAGGUUCUCUGCUUCUCUUAAGUGCCUCUAAAUCUUCUCUGUCAAGAAGAGAAAGAGCCUUCAAACAGACGAGAGUCUAAAGCACCACACUACACUUCUUCACAGAACACUGCCAAACCGGUGAUAUUCCCAUGUCUGUAUAACCAAGUGUAUUUUCUCUUUUAUAAAAUGUACUUGUAUCAUCAUACUUGAUGCUUUGGCUCUGUCCAAAGGUGAAAAGGAAAUUCUACCAUCACGUCUAAAGCAGGAUUUAAAACAUCAAGCUGCAGUUUGAUAUGUCAAAGUCCUAAACCCUCUAAAACAGCAAUUUCUAUUUUUCACAUGUUUUUGUACAAACACACAAGACAUGACAGGUUAUUUAAUCAGAGGUGUAUGUAGGGGGGUAUUUUUUUCAGCAUUGGACUCAGCGACUAAAGCGGCAUUCGCCUGUUUCCUGUCUGUAAUGCUAAAGUAAUCGUCCUCUGACUGUAGCUUCAUUUCUUUCUCAGACAGUGAAAGGAGAGUGAGAUCUCACUCUCAGCAUGUAAGUGGAAAGAUCCUAAACUAUUUCUUCCAUGGUUAAACAACUUACCUAUAGAAGUUACCUUAUCUGGACCUGAAAAGCUUUACUGUGACUAUGGGCCUAUAACAUAUAUUCACUCGUGUCUUGUCAGAUGCCCAGGUGUCACUUUGUGUAUCCUGUUCAGCACAAAUGUGGAAGUUCAGGGACUUCUGAUGUGUAGCAAUGAGUGAAAUGAUUAGUUUGCAAUGAUUAGAAGAAAGUGUAAUUGCUAGUGACCACUUGACAAUGUUCUUUCUAGUCUGUUUCCUGUAUUAUAGUGCUUGUGUUUAGUGUGAAAGGUUUUGUGAGACAAACACAGAAUUAGCACCUGAGUCAUUCUCCUCUGAAGUAUUAUGUUUGUUUCAUUUUAAUCUUUCAAUUCUUUAUUCUGGUUUAGUGACUGAACUGUUGAUGAAACGCAACACCUACAUAAAUGCUGAUCCUAGUCAGUUUGCUACAUGUGUAAUUAGGCUGCUUGUUAUAAUCUCUGAGGUGAUAAUUCAAUGUUCUGUUUACAGCUUGUUUUCCGCACAUGGCACAACAAUUCAGUGAAUGCAUGUUCAAAGCAGCAGAACCUGUGUCUUGUCAUAUUUUUGUGCAGUAUACUCUGCAGUAGUAUAAACUAUGUUUGGGUCAGUGUAUUGUACUGACUCAACAGUACAGACACGUGCUCAACCAGACCUCUGCUUUUUACCAGGGUCCAGAUCUAGUCCAGUCCUACACACAACCUUAGUGAUGUAAUGAAAACUUUUUGACUUGAUCAAUAAGUGAUCACACAAAAAAUAUCGAUUGUUGAUGUGUAGCCUGAGGUUAGGUUAAACUAUGCUGUAGAUCUUUGGGCCUUGUCAAUAACAGCACCAUGUACUGAGUGAAUCUGUUGCUUUAUCCACUGAACUCCGUGUUUUGGAUCCGUUGCCAUUUCAGCUGUGGACCUCGGUGUCUCUCUGUGCCUCCUAAAAAGGGCUCCUGGGCCUGACAGGAAUGUACUGGAUGUGGUGUUGCUCUUCAAUAUCCUCAUACAAUAGAUGAUUUUACAAAUAAACACAAGUGUAAUCAUAUUACUUACCUUUUUAUGGAAAUAAACAUUUACUACACUAUAA